GGAGCUGCAGGUUCUUUGCUCCGGCUGCCCCGGCCGGCUGGAACCGGACCCCAAGGCAGCAAGUGCAGCUUCGACUCAGACGUUCGCCAGAGCUGCUGUGGGUCCAGACUCGGUUGCCUAGGCGGAGGACAGUGGAGGCGGAGCCGCCGCGGGCGGGGGCGGAGCUUGGCGGGGCGAGUCGCCCAUUGGCCGCCGGGCUUCCGGGUGCGAGCCGCCAGCCGCCCCGCUGGCCCCCAGUUCCGGGAGCGCCUUUUCCACCCAGGGAGGCGUUAACCUAGCCGGGGCGAGCCACAGUGUCUAGAAGUUUUGGAUUGACUAUAUACUCUGUCAUUCGGUACCCGUAGCUUUAUUUUCCAUGACAGAUCUUGACGACAGUACAUGCAAAAGAUAUAUAAAGAUGAUUACUAAUAUCGUAAUAUUGAGCCUGAUCAUUUGCAUCUCCCUAGCAUUCUGGAUUAUGUCAAUGACCGCUAGCACCUAUUAUGGUAACUUGCGCCCUGUUUCCCCUUGGCGUUGGCUGUUCUCCGUUGUUGUUCCCGUUAUGAUUGCCUGUAAUGGCUUUAAAAAGAAAAGUCUAGAUCACAGUGGGGCUUUAGGAGGGCUAGUGGUUGGAUUUAUCUUAACCAUUGCGAAUUUCAGCUUCUUCACGUCUUUGCUGAUGUUUUUCCUGUCAUCUUCAAAGCUCACUAAGUGGAAAGGAGAAGUGAAGAAGCGUCUAGAUUCGGAAUAUAAGGAAGGAGGCCAAAGGAAUUGGAUUCAGGUAUUCUGUAAUGGAGCCGUGCCCACGGAGCUGGCCCUGCUAUACAUGAUAGAAAAUGGCCCUGGGGAAAUACCCAUAGAUUUUGCCAAGCAGCCCACUGCUUCCUGGAUGUGUUUGUCUCUCCUGGCUGCACUGGCCUGCUCCGCUGGAGACACCUGGGCUUCUGAGGUUGGCCCCGUUCUGAGCAAAAGCUCGCCUCGACUGAUCACAACCUGGGAAAAAGUUCCAGUUGGAACCAACGGAGGAGUCACAGUGGUGGGACUCGCCUUCAGUCUCCUCGGUGGGACCUUUGUGGGCCUGGCGUACUUCCUCACGCAGUUGGUGUUUGUCAGUGAUCUAGACAUCUCCGCUCCCCAGUGGCCCAUUAUUGUAUUCGGAGCGCUGGCUGGGUUACUAGGAUCAGUUGUGGACUCGUACUUAGGGGCAACAAUGCAGUUUUCUGGUCUGGAUGAAAGCACUGGCCUGGUGGUCAGCAGCCCAGCCCAGGAGACCAAGCACAUAGCAGGGAAGCCCAUCCUAGAUAACAAUGCCGUGAACCUGUUCUCCUCCGUUUUGGUGGCGCUCUUGCUCCCUACAGCCGCUUCAGGGUUUUGGCCCAGAGAGUGAACUUUCUUUCCCUCCCAGCUGGUUGAUACUGGUGAGUCCAGCAAAGUCGCAAUGUGAAGGUUUUUUUUUUCCUAGUUAAUAAUAAUUUUGCCGACAUUGGGAACAUCGUCUCCUCCCAUGUUCCGCUGUGGUGGAAUUCCACACCGCCCUCUCAGCUCCAUCACAGCUGACGCCAGUUCCGUCACAGCUGACGCCAGUUCCGUCACAGCU